GUUUGAGAGGUGUUUCCUCAAUUUGACAGGAUAAGAUCAUAAAGUUAACCAAAGUCACUCCAGAAUAUCUGAACAAGAGAGGGAAAUGAAGCUGAUUUUCUUUCUUCUUGUCCUCUUGAAAAGCGGAAUGAAUUCAACAGAAGGACUCAGUGUGCUUUAUUCAUCAGAGAGAAUUAUUUUAAAUUAUUUAUUUAACCCAUCCCAUCAAAGUCUUGAAAGAUCUUGCUGUAAGGUAAAUCAGUCAACGUGCUACCUCUUUGUGAAUAAUAAAGGACAAUUUACCCCCAUGUAUCAAGGAAGAAUAUUCAUCACAAAUAAUAAUGGAGAAUUUGAAGUAAUAAUUACAGAUCUGAGUGUAAUGGAUGCUGGCAAGUACGGAUGUGGUUUCAGUGGGUUCUCUUACACAUAUCAGUUUGUGGAAGUCACCGUUUCUGAUCUGAGUGGAGUAAACACCGCUGCUCUCUCGCCAAAAUCCAACAUUAAACCAGACGUCUGGCCGUCUUCUUCUCCCUCUGCACCCACCGUUUCUGAGAGUGACGCAGAGACACUCAGCAGUGACAGCUGGAGAACAUCCUACAGUCUAGCUGCUGUUUUUAGUGGUCUGGUGUUUGCUGUCAUCUCAAUGAUACUGCUCGUGUAUUGUCUAAAGACCAGGAGGAAAGAAUUCACAGAUAAAAGUGAAAUCUGUGGUUCUCCUAACACCACCCUGGAGCAGGACGGCAUUAUCUAUUCUAUGGUGGAAUUUAAGCCCCACCAGGAUCCAUCUGAACUUUAUGCCAAUUUGCAGAUACACAGCCCAAAAGACGCUAAUGCUUCUUCAAGCUGUACAGUCACAGUAAAGGAAACCGUAGAAUAUUCCACUAUUAUGAGAACAUCAGCAUAAACAUUUGCAAUGUUUGUGUUCAAUGUAUUCAUUGCUAUGAGGGAUUUGUUUCUUACAAGAUUUUUUGAACUAUAUUUUUAAUGCAACAUUGUACUGAUAUGUAGUAAUUAUUUUAUUCUUGAAAAUGUCAUUAUGAUGAUUAAUGCCAGAAACCUUCUAUAUAGUAAAAUGUGUAUUAUUUAAAAA